UGACGACAAAUUAGCAGUCUUCCGUAACUCGUGGAUACACGAUUGUUUCCAUAGUCGUAUAGCGUAACAGUCACAAGUCGAACGUCGAUCGACGACCGUACACACAACGCGUAUAUACAAUACCAAUGAUCUAUGAUAUAAUAUUUUAAUCUCGUAUUUCGUACGCGACGUGACCACCGCGUAACCGCUGCGCUCAGGGAUAUAGAACACGAUACACGGCUCUACCUAUACAAUACACAUUUGAACGUCGCACGAAGAAUACGAUUUAAUAAGCUGUUGUACCGCGUGCACAUCGGCCACAGACAGUAUAUAUAUAUAUAUAUAUUUAUAUAUUUGUACUUUUAUUACACAUAUACUUUAGGAGUGUGAAGUUCUCGUGACGACUUGGCUGAUUUAAUUCGUCAUUAAAAAAAAAUUGUUUUAAGCCUCUACCAUUGACUACAAGACAUUUUUGACGAUGUCAUAAAUCGACCGCUUUUCUGCACGAUUUCGGAAUUCGAUACGAACAAUAUAGCACAUCAUGUACGGCCAGGCAGAACUUCGCGAUUUCGGAAUAAAGAAAUUUGGACAUGUUUGAGUCCAGAUAUACUUUGCUGUUGGACACAUUCGAUUUAACCACUAGCCGUGUUUGAGCACCAUUCCAGAUAACCCUAAUACAAUGACUUACGACACCAGCGGAGUAAAACGCGAGAAGCCGUCGCCGCCGGAAGACAACCACGAAUCAUGGCAGGCCAUGAGCAUCAUGUCAAAAGCAAAAUUCAUGUUGAAACACUGUACGGUGGAACCGAUGUUGGGUUGCUAUAUAGUGUCCAGCGUGCUGGCGUCGCUCGCCACGCAGAAUCUGAACUUGCAGAAGGCGUGCCGAGUAAACCUCCGGAUGGACAACGCCACGUGCUCGGCACUGGAGAGCCGAUCGAUGGACAAUUACACGAGGGAGGACGAGGUGGUCGUCCAAGAGCUAGUCGCCGACAUGAUAAUAUGGAAAACGAUCGUGCAGAGCAGUAUACCGUCGGUGCUGAUAAUAUUCAUCGGAUCGUGGAGCGAUCGGAACCACAAACGCAAGCCGUGCAUGCUGAUACCAAUCAUCGGUGAAUUCCUCACCAGCAUCGGUCUGUUGGUCUGUACUUACUACUUUUACGAUCUCCCGAUGGAGGUGGCCGGGCUCGUGGAGUCCGUACCGCCGGCUAUGACCGGUGGAUGGAUGACCAUGUUCAUGGCCGUGUUCAGCUAUGUAGGAGACGUGACUACGGUGAAAAUGCGCACAUUAAGAAUUGGUAUAGUGAACGUAUUCUGUUCGGUAGGUGUGCCCAUCGGCACCGCGUUAUCUGGUGUACUGUUCCGAGAACUGGGAUUUUACGGUGUAUACAUCAUAGCCACAGUAUUAUACAUAUUUGCAUUUGUAUACGGCAUGGUUUUUAUCAAAGAGACAAAGCCAGUAAUCAGUAUUGAAAGCAAAGAGCCGCCGAGGGACACGUCCUGUUUGGAUUUCCUCCAAGACUUUUUCAGCCUGAGCCAUAUCAAAGAGGCCGUUCGAGUGACGUUUAAAGAAGGACAGUACAACCGAAGACUUAGAAUUAUUGCUUUAAUGGUGGUUGUCAUCGUUGUAAUGGGCCCUUUGCAUGGUGAAAUGUCUGUGAUGUAUUUGUUUACACGUGUACGUUUCAAUUGGGACGAAGUGAACUACAGUAUGUUUUCCACAUAUUCUAUGAUUACUAAUCUAGUAGGUACAAUGUUUUCGGUCGGAGUCUUCAGUCACAUGCUGCAAAUCGACGAUGCUUUGAUCGGAGUAAUAUCAUGCAUGAGUAAAAUAUUGGCCGGAUUUGUUUACGCAUUUGCUACAACGGAUUUCGUAUUUUAUUUGGCACCACUUGUUGACAUCGUAAACGGCACGUCGUUUAUUGCCAUGAGAUCAAUUAUUUCAAAACUUGUACCACCGGAUGAACUAGGAAAGGUAAACUCGCUGUUUGGCGUAUGUGAAGCUCUAGUACCCCUAAUUUAUGGACCAAUGUACAGCGCUGUGUACAAGGCUACACUGAAAACAGUUCCAGGAGCGUUUUUCUUACUCGGGGGUGCAUUAACUGCUCCAGCAGCUCUCAUAUUUUUAUGGAUGUACAAUGAACAUAAAAAGGAACAGAGAGAAAAAGAAGCAGAGAUCAAAGAUGAAGAAAAGAAAUCCGGCCCGCUGAAGAAAAAAAAUAGUUUAGAUUUCAGAAUAACCUCGCAUGACUUUGACUUAAAAACUAUAUUAGAUCGACGAACACAGACUCAUAGAGGUUCAGGGCAAUUUUCAAGUCUAGGAUUGGACAACAAAGCAUUCCAAAUGGAAGAAGGAUCUGUUAAAAGCUAAUAAUCCUGAUGACUAAUAAUAUGAUUGAGUAUUUUUUAUUCCUAAUGUCAUUAGGACACAACUUCGUUCAUUCGUAUCGUAUAUAAUGUGUACAUAAGUUAAGACGUCCGUGAAAAUGAUUGUGUACAUUGUACAAUUAUUCAAAAUUAGUAACUUAAUGUCCAUAUUUUGAUUUUUAAUGUAUGUCUGUGAAUUUCUAUCACCAUAUGGUUGAAAACAUAUAUUAUCAUUUAUAUUUAUCGUUUUCCUGUGUAUGGGGUGUGUUAAUUUUGGAACAAUUUGUUUUGAAAAUAUUACAAUUGACUCACUAUAGGUCUGAAGUAGUAUUUACACUUGUAGUUAUAGAUAAAAAUAUUUGUAAAUGACAAUCUCAGUGGCCUAAUCCAAAAUAGAAAUACUGUAUAUUAUAUAUACAUUAACUGUUAAUAAUUAAUAGUAAAACGAGUGAUUUAAACACUAAUAGUAUUGUCUUAUAGUCAUAGAAUACAGUUUUCCUAAUUUAUUUAUCUUGACAGACUUUAACAUCUAAAUUUUAAGUUACCCAUCUUUGUACAUGUAAAUAUAAAUAUAUAAUAUAUAUACACAUUUAUAAAUAGUUAUACAUUAGUCAUGUUUUGUAAUAUUUCACCGCGAGGUAUUAAAAUUAAUGAACUGUUUAAUAUAUUGGUUUGGUUAAACAAUAUAGAUUUAAGAAAAUUAAUUUGAUUUUGACCUUAUUAUUAUUAUCAUUUUUUUUUUGUUUUUUGUUAUUAUUAUAAAUAUAUAAUAUGUUGAUCAUGUGUUACGUGUUAGACAUAUAAGUAUAUUAAAUUUAAUAUCAAAAAUGUAGAAAAAAAAUCACAGUUAUAUAUAAUAAAAAUUUGCAAAUUACAAUGUACGUAUUAUAUUACUAGACAGAUGAUAAAAUUUGUAUUUGUUUAAAAUAUAUAUAAGUGAUAAUAAAGUAUAAGCUUGUUGACUUUAAAAUUAAAUUGUAGAUAGGUAACUAAAAACUUUCUUUACAUUUUGUAAACAUUGGUAGGUGUAAUCUCCAUCGGGCACCAUGGGCCAUGACUUCACUUAUAAACCCACUCAUUAAAUGGUAAUACAGCAAAUUAAUACCAGUAAAAACAUAGUCAUAGAAGAAUAAUCAUAUUUUUUACCAUUUAUACAACAAAAAUAAACAUAAUACAAUGUAUAGUAACUUUUUUAUUUAGCAAUACAGUGAUCAAGCUUUAAACAAUUAAUCUGUGAACAUUUAUUGGUUUUUAAGAAUUUUGUUCAAUAAUAUAAAGAUAUUAUUUCAAACUACAAUAAAAAUAAAAAUGCUAUAUUAAAGGUUUUCCUUUACUCAUUAAAUAUAUUUAGUGAUAUUCAUUAAAACAAUAGUGCUUUAAUAUUAACUAAAAGUUACAAGUAAAUUACUUUAUAGAUUUAUUUACAAACAUUUUAAUUAUUUUUUUAAAAAAAACCUUAAAAUUGCCUAUAUAAAGCUCCUUUAAAACACAAAAAUUAGUUGUUACUUGAUCGUUGUUUUUUUUAUAUAUAUGUAUAAAUUAUAAGUAAUAUUUAAACAAGUUUCUGUACCUUGUAUCUUUAGUUAUAAUUGUACACUUGUAAUAUGAAUCAUGAAUAAAUUAAAAUUUUUAUAUAAA